CUUAACGAACUGUGAAAAGAAAUGGGAGAUGCAGUUUUCUGCACUUCUCGUGUUGACAACUACUGGUCGAAGUGCAAUCGACAGAACUGCCGAUAUCCUAACCCGCAACGAGAUUAUCCAGGGUUGGAACCAAAGUUGCUCAUGUUGCUGACACUUGCUUCGCUCCUAGAGUGUAUAGUCUUUGAGACGCAAGAGCCCAGACAUACACAAUUGACAGAUGCACUGGCAAAGUGGGCGUCGUAGCUGUGCGAGUCCAAUGAACAAGUUUCCCGUACGCGGAGCUCCUCCCCGUGAUCGCAGAUAUGUAGUGAUUUGAGAGAUAUGAACAAUGCUGCAUUUAAAUAGACUCCCUGGUAUUGUGUAUAAUAAUCGCUAUCGUGCUUUAAUAUGCUUGCUGUUGAUCAUAAUAGCAACGUAUUAUCUAGUUCAGUGGGGCAUAAUGUGUACAAACAUAGAAAGCUGGCAACAUGUUGGCAAACUGUGCCAACUAUACAGAAAAGGAGAAGCUACCGGUAAUUUAUGCAAACCUCUGUGCAUAGACAAACAGAUUCGUUCUCUCAAGUGCCACGCUUUUCAUGCCGGAAAGGAAGCAGUCUUCUCGGCCGACUGGGAGGGAACACGUCUCGUAUUUAAAACUUCGCAAAGGAUAAAGGAUGAAUACACGGAACCGGUAACUUGGCUCAAAACUCGCGGCCUAGAAAAUUACCCAAACGAAGACGAAUUUAAGAUGAUGAUUCGCGACGUUAUCGCCCUGAAAUUAAAUGUGUCAAUAUCAAAUGAUCAGCUGAAAAGGCUCAGUCGUUUAGGCUUCUCCAAACACAAUGAUAUUUCCGAACGGCAUAAUGAAAUGAAAAAUAUUUGGGCUCUGUUACAGGAUAAUGAAUAUCUGUGCUCAGUUUUGUAUGCCGACAGGGAUCUAUUCCCACAACUGAUAGGCACAUGUGGGCCAUUUUUCGCUGUUGAAUAUGUGGAACCCAUUAAAAGUGCACCAACAAUAUUAUCACUGUCUGACAGCCGUGAUGAAUGGGCUGGUCGUGUGAAAAUGGCAGUCAUGAUUAUGGACCUACUAGACGAACUAGAUACAAAUCUGCCUGAGCCUUUUCACUUGUGUGAUGUUAAGGUGAGUCACUUCGGAUUGACAAAGGGUGAACAAAGAGUCAAGUUUUUAGACCUGGACUCCGUUUUGCCACGUUCAGUUGUGGGCCAUAUCACUGGAGGUGGACAGCAAUGUACAAAGCAUGAAGACUGUGAUUACUUCGAUUGCCGUUCCAAGUGUAACCUCAAGAAAUUGCGCUGCGAUGCUCCAGUGGUGAAUAACAAUUUACAGAUAGUGUGUGAAAAAAUUUUUCUGGGAUGGACAUUAUCAAAUACACUUGUUCUACCUGGACUACUAAUGUCAGAACAUACUCCUCCCUCUUUAGCAGCUUUGCUUCGCAUUUGUGCUAAUCCAGAGCAUAAGAAAGAAGGGCUUGCAAGGGCACCUGCCUCAAGGGAUGUGCAAAGACGACUUUAUGCAACUUUAACUGAAAUGCGAAAUAUUCUUGACAAUGAUUUAUUUGUCUGAAUUUGUUAACUUUUCUAAAUACCAUUUCCAUCCUGCUUGUGUAUAUGUGGGCUUAACCUCCUCCUUGUGCAUUGUGUAGACUUUUACUGGAAGAAGCAUUAACAUAUACAUUCCAGUGUCCGUAUGUAAAUGAAACCACAGAGUGCUGCAAAAUGCUGUUAGCUAAUGACCUAGAACAGCGUGCAUAAAAAUGAAUUAAAAAUGUGUUUUGGUAUUCCUACAUUCUAACCAAUGUUUUGCAGAAUUGGAGACUGUUCUAAAACUGAUUCAUAAGUGUAAGACAGAUGGAAACACAAGUGUGUACUAAAAAAUAAAUGUUGCAGAUGUGUCUUCAAUGUUUUACUGCAAGAGAAAUUUUAUGAUAAAUUACUAGAAAAUGUGAUGGGAGUUAUUCGGCUACUAAGGACUGUUGUUAAUUUCUGGGCAACAGCAAAGAGCAGUGCAUAAGUUAAGUCAGAGCUUUUUGUAGGCCUAUAUGUUUUCAUGGUAUCUCUAUUGUAGUUAUAGUGUGCAUAACAGAAAGAUUAGCUGUUAGUGUAUUAAAAAUGUAUGUUAUCUGGCUUAGUUAUGAUUUAACAGUUCGAGUACAUGCCUAUUUCUGACAAAAAGGUCCCCAUCCAGCAGACAAACCAACAUCAAUAUUUUCUUACACUAAGACAUACUGUAGAGAGAUAGACUUAAUCCAGUAUGUUGGCAGACGAGCCUGAGGACAAAACUCUACCCUCCCACCAUUUUUAUCCAACUGACCAUGAACCAAGGAUGAAAUUUUUUAUAAUGGUAGAACUUUAAAGGCCUAACAUUGUUUCAAUGUGCCACUGUGAUUUUGCAACCCCAGUUUCAAGAGCAAGUGAGUAGUCUGAGGUUACAGAAAUGACAUGUGAAAUGAGCUGGUGAGCAAAAGCGUACAGUUGAUAGUAGUAAAUGUGUGAGAACUAGAAAAGCAUGGAAUUAAUCACAGGCUGGUGUGGCACACAGCAGGAUGCAAACCUUUUGUAACCAUUACGACAGCUUACUUGAAUGUCAGCUCUCAAGCGACCUUGUGUACAUGUUAAGUGACUGGAGUAUGAGCAAGCAAGUGCAAGUGCAGUGCUCUCUCUCUCUCUCUCUCUCUCUCUUCCCUCCCUCAUAACAUGUGGGGGGGGGGGGGGGGGGCACACAAAAAGGAAUCUGCUUCCCACGAAACACUUUUACACUACUGUAAUAUGUUGUGUAACAGUAUUUACUUUCCCCCCUUCCUUUUGCUAAGUGCACCUACCUUUUAGAUCAUUAGUACCCCUGUAGUCUGGUGCUAUGCUAUUGUCAUUCCUCACUUUCAUGCAUGCAGGUUCUUAACUUGUGUAACUUUUUUUUCAAGAGGUACAGUAUAAUUGCACUUUCACUGUAGCUGCUAAUUUUCGUAUUAACGAAGAUUAAUUCCCUUAUCGUGCAUAAUGAUAUUUCCAGUUGGAACUACACUUUUAGAUAACCUUUUGCAUGCUAUGGUAAUCAUAUAGCAUUCACCUGUCCCCUACCACACCUCUCUCAGUUUUGAGAUGAAUGUUACUUAUUCCCGAAGGAUUCUAUCACCCUGCACAGGAAUAUGGGCUGUUUUGAAACAUUGUCAGAUUUAUUUCCUCUGGUCUGGAGGUCAAAAAGUUUUUUUCUCUCUAUCUGUGUAGUUCUUGUUUUAAUCUUCAUGAAACUUGUUACAAGGGCCAUUACUUAUGUUUGUAAAACAGUAUAGCAUACCUAACAUGUUUAAUAGGCUACAAAACUUUCAUAUUAUAUCAAAGUACUUACGGACAGUUGAAGUCACCUUGAUGUGAAUAUCCAACAUUUUAUGCAAUUGUUUACUUUAAAUUUUUAAUGAACUAAUUAUGUGGAAAGAAUGAGAUAUGUAAGAAUAUUCACUUUUCAACAUUUUUCGAAAUUCUUGACUUAUUUUAAGGGUUCUUCACUACUACUUAUAAAACAUGAAAUGUAUCAGCACAGAUAUUUACUGAAUUUAAUUAUUAUUUUUCUGCAUAAAGCUUCAUGCUAAAGGGAAGAUUCGAACCUCCGGCAGGAGGGUGAAAUGGUGCCUCAAACCACGUGGCUACUGUGAUCUG